CGUCGGAACCUCAGAGUGUGACAUCUGCCGGAUGUAAACAAUGAAAGCGUUAGCAUCUAGCGUUAGCUCGAAGACCUGAGAACUAAAAACAGGAAAAUGUUUCCGUGUUUGUAUCUCUGAUGGAAUAUUUCAGCUGUUGAAGUAGAAAUGUCCUCUCCUGAGUGUGCGACAGAGUUUAAGAAGGAGAGGAUAACGGAAACCGCAGAGGGAGAGCUGGAUGAGCGCAGACUGCUGGACAUCACCUGGAAACCCGACAUAAAGCCGCACAGCACAGACGUCUCACAGCAGCAUGUCUGUAAGGAGGAGGAGGAGGUUCUCCCUGAGCAGCAGCUCUGUGACCAGGAGAGGAGCUCCAGUGUGGACCAGGAGGAACCAGAAGCUCCACAGAUUAAAGAGGAACAGGAGGAACUGUGCAGCAGUCAGCAGGGAGAGCAGCUGGGAUUGGAGGAGGAGACAGAUACCUUCACACUGGUUUUGGAAAAAAAUACCAUGCAGUGUGAGGGAGACAUCAGACAUCAGUGCAGACCGUUGGAUGUCAUCUGGAAACCUGAAAUCAAGUUACACAGAAUAGACGUCCCACAGCAGUACGUCUGUAAAGAGGAGGAGGAGGAGGUUCUCCCUGAGCAGCAGCUCUGUGACCAGGAGAGGAGCUCCAGUGUGGAGCAGGAGGAACCAGAACCUCCACAGAUUAAAGAGGAGCAGGAGGAACUGUGCAGCAGUCAGCAGGGAGAGCAGCUGGGACUGAAGGAGGAGACGGACACCUUCAUGGUGACUCUUACUUACGGUGAAAGCGACCACAGUGAAUCAGAACCAAUCAGUGAGCAGCUCCUCUCUCAUAGCUCUCAAGAAACUGAGAGCCGAGAUCGGGAAGGGAGCGGGAAUGUUGAGUCAGGAAAGAGUAUCAAGCUAAGAGGGAAGAAACAGUUCAGAAACAGAGGUCACAGUGAUGUGGAUAACUGCAACACUGUUGCAGGUAAAAAGCCAGUAAAAUGCGCUUUCUGCGGAAAGGUUUUCAAACACAAGUCGCAGAUGGAGCGACAUCACAGGAUCCACACGGGCGAGAGGCCGUACUCCUGCACAACGUGUGGGAAAGGGUUCAGCCAAAGCAGCAAUCUGACCGUCCACAUGAGAACGCACACCGGCGAGAAGCCGUACUCCUGCGAAACCUGCGGGAAACAUUUCACCUGCAGCUACAGUUUGUUGGUCCACAUGAGAAUCCACACAGGUGAGAAGCCGUAUUCCUGCGAGGCGUGCGGGAAGCAUUUCAACAGUAGCUUCAACCUCAAAGUCCACACGAACACCCACGCGGGCGAGAGGCCGUAUUCCUGCAAACUGUGCGAGAAAACCUUCAGUCAGCCGAGUAACCUGAACGUCCACAUGAGAACUCACACAGGUGAGAAGCCGUGCCUUUGCAACACCUGUGGGAAAAGAUUCACAGACUUAUCGGCGCUGAAAAACCACAUGACCGUCCACACAGGGGAGAAACUUUAUAGCUGCCAAACCUGUGGGAAAAGUCUCAGCUCUAGGAAAGGCCUGAUGGUCCACAUAAGAACCCACACAGGUGAGAGGCCGUACGUCUGCAACACCUGCGGGAAAAGGUUUACCGAACUGACGGCGCUGAAGAAGCACGUGAUGAUCCACACGGGCGAGAAGCCGUACAUCUGUAACACCUGUGGAAAAGGUUUCAUCCAGAACAUCCAUUUGCUGUAUCACAUGCGGACACACACAGGUGAGAAGCCUUACUCCUGCAGCACCUGCGAGAAACGAUUUAAAGACCCAUCCAAGCUGAAAAUUCACACAAGGACUCACAGAGGUCGGAAACAAAGCCCGGAAGCACCUGUGGGGGAGAAUUACCCGGCAGACCAGGCCCGAUAAACGUCUGGAUUUAAACAUCUGUUUGUGAUGUGUGAGCUCGCCGUCACACAGAGAGCAUCGGAAACUGUACAGCAGGCGUGUGUGAGAUAUCCCACAGUAAGGCUGCUGUGAGCCUCUGUUAUUCUGUUACCUGUGUUUAUUCCACUGUUUAGGUUAUUUUGCUGUGUACUGUAGCUUUGCCUGUUAGGAGUCACCACAUUUCAGUCUCCGUCACCUGCAUGUUCUUGGCUCCUCCCACCUGACAGGCCCACCUUUAACAUUGUUGGGGUCGUUACUCCAAAAAUCCAGUAUGCUGUCUGCACGUCCUCGCUUAUUUAAAAGUCCCUGAAGAAAGUCGCACUUUACAUCAUUGCUGCAUUACUUCGAGACACCUGUGGUGCAAGCAGCGCUGUAUCUGUAUGUGAUACCACACCUCCAGUUUCUCCACAGAGACACAUUUCAGCUCCUGUCUCCGUCCAUCAGCGCGCUCGGAGCAAACGGCCCACCUGCUGCUGACGUGACACCGCUGCUGCUCACUAAUCUUCACUCUUCUUUCCCAGAACUUCUUCUGUGGUCACCUUUAUUCCUUGGUGCUUCCUGCGGCUCUGCUCCAUGUCAUCAAUAUGCUUUAUAAGUUUAUUAGAUCUCACCACAGCGUGCGGCCUGCAGUGAACGCUCAGCGCUUAGAAGCCUUGGCAUUCAUGCAGAACGUCUUCAUGUUUCCUGGGAACGUUUAAAAUUUGAAGGUUUUUAUAAGAGACUUGUUUCAGUGUUUGAGAUCAGUGCAUGACUUUAGCUGCGAGGAGUAAAUGUCUGAAUGUUUAAUUCAAAUAUACAAUUUAAACAUUUUAUUAAACUAUUAAACUGUU